AUGGCUAGCUUCGACUUGACGCGCGUCCAGCCGGGCCAGUACCAUCUCUACGAUGCCGCCAGCGCCUUGAGCUUUCAGGCUAUGGUCGAAGAUCUCCUGAAUGUGGUGAGGACAAACGAAGCUGACUUUGACAAUCGCGACACCGACCUUGCACUCUUCUUUAAAAUACUCCUUGGCAGCCAAGAGGCGUGGCAGCUUGCAACCCAUGUUGUACCAGAAUUCCGAUAUCCCCAAGUCUUGCCAACAGUCAAGAACAAGAGACCAGCUGUUCCCUACCACGUCCCACAAAGCCAGCUAGAGAAAGAGGCGUUGCAAAGGAGAUAUCGAAACCUGAUUGAGUACGCAUGGGAGUGA